AUGCUGAGAAAGCGAAUUAGGCCAGGGAAAGGGAAGAUGAGGAAUAGGAGGUAUAUUUCAAGGAAAGAAUUGUUGAUUGUUUAUGGUACUGAAGGUGCUAAGCUUGUUAAGGCUUUUAGGAAUAUUCCUGGUGUUGAGAUUUGUCAUGUUGAUAGGCUGAAUUUGCUUAAGUUAGCUCCAGUGAUGAUGGAAGAUGAAGCAAGUCGAAUAGUCAAUGUCAGCGAAAGCGCACCUAUUACUGAGUCUCUUGAUUCAACACCGGAAGUUGAACAAGAUCCAAUGAAUGUGAAAAGGAGAGCUAUACAACCGAGAUCUUCUGCUUGGCCACAUUAUGAUAAGCUCAUAGAAGAUGGAAUUAAUAAAGCAACGUGCAAAUAUUGUGGUAAAGUUCUCUUAGCUGAUCCAAUUAGAAAUGGAACAAGUGGACUGAAUAAACAUUUAAAAACUUAUCCUACAAAUCCAAAUAAGGUUGACACUUCCAAUUCCAAGUACAAAUAUUAG